CUCCCGACUGUGUGAGGGGUCAGGCUGAGGACGGAGCCGUAAGGCUGCCCCAGCACGAUGGAGCAGGUCGGGAAGCGGCUAGGGCCGGCAGCUCGGCUGGACACCAUCCUCCGGCACCUCUCCCCACGGCUGGGAGCAGUCCCUGUGCCGACAAGCGUUCGUACUUCAGCCCAAGUUAGUGCUGUUGCUCAUCCACGGCAGUUUCGCUACACCCUGGACAAUGAUGUCCUCACCGAGGAACAAAGGCAGUUCUAUGAAGACAAUGGGUAUCUGCUCAUUAAGAAGCUUGUUUCUGAUGAAGACAUUGAGCGCUUCAGGGAGGAGUUUUUGAGGAUCUGUAGAAGAGAGGUGAAGCCACCGGGAGCUAUGAUUAUGAAAAAUGAGUCACUGAGAUCCCAGUAUGGUCAGUCUGAAAAAGCUGUUAAUAAAGUGCAGGACUUCCAGGAAGACAAAGAGCUGUUCAGAUACUGUACUCUGCCAGAGAUCCUCAAAUACGUUGAGUGCUUCACAGGGCCAAACAUCAUGGCAAUGCACACCAUGCUGAUAAAUAAACUUCCAGAUUCUGAUAAGCAGACCUUUCUCCACCCAAUGCAUCAGGACUUGCACUAUUUCCCGUUCCGGCCUGCGGACCUCAUUGUGUGCUCCUGGACUGCUAUGGAGAGGGCUGACGAGAGCAACGGGUGCCUGGUUGUGCAGCCUGGGACACACAAGGAGACCCUGAAGCCUCAUGACUAUCCAAAGUGGGAGGGUAAAACCAACAAACUUUUCCAUGGGCUGCUUGAUGAGGAUGAGACGAUUCCCAAGGUUCACCUUGUCAUGGAGAAGGGAGACACAGUGUUCUUCCAUCCCCUUCUCAUUCAUGGUUCUGGGAUAAACAAGACAUCAGGCUUCCGAAAGAGUAUAAGCUGUCACUUUGCCAGCUCGGAGUGCUACUACAUUGAUGUCAAGAACACGACCCAGGAGCACCUGGAAAAAGAAUUGAUUGAAAUGGUGCAAAAGAAAUAUGACACCACUUCUGUGAAACUCAUGGAUAUUUGGAACUUCCGAGCACGGCUUGUGCAAGGGGAAAGGAUUAACCUGUAGAACAACCUCUGAUGAGUGGGAUGCAAAACACCUGCCUGAGAAUGAGCUUCUCUGGAGAGCACAGACCCUGCGUUUUGUUGACCUCUGUAUUGGUAACUUAGCCAAAUGCUGCACUGCAAAAUCAUUUUAUGCUAAUAUAAAAUAGUUGCAUUGAGAUUGAACAGCUGGUGUACGUCAAAGACAAUCUAGCCUAGAACAAGAGAGGUUUGCUGUGUUUAUCUUAGACAAUUGAAGAAGGAAGGUCUUGAAAGAACAUGUUCACUUUCGUCAUGUUUUUGUUCUUUUUAAAAGUUCCUCAUGACCUAUCUUUGGAACAAUACUACCUUAACAAGAUUUUAUGCAAGAAUUCAUGUAAGGGUGUGGUUUUUAAUGUUUCCAACUUCUUUUUCUGUGCAAAAGAAAUCAAAUUAAUCAGAGUUUCAUAGAAGCAGGGAAGUUAAUACAGCUGAGAGGAUGAAUAUAUUGGUACUAGCAGAAUCAGUGGUGUAAGGAGCUGGAUAAAGGCAAAGUAGCAACCACUGAGAUAUGAAAAAGGGACUGAUGGGCUGGAACAUGGUCACUAGUAGAGUUCCUCAAACGUGACAUGGCAUGGUAUCGUAUUUUACCAAGCAGCAUGGCACAAGUGAAAUACAUGGCUGGCAGGGUUGGGAGCUGCUGGGCCAACAAAUCAGCCUCCCAUUGGCCUUGAGCCAGUUGAUCCAGGGUUCUGUGAAGUGAAAAAGUCCUCCCCUGAGCCUGGCAGGUCUGGAAAAGGGAGCCUUUUGGUGCUGCCAGGUCAGGGAGGUGGUGGGAUGCUCCUUGGGAUGCAUUGGUGGCAGGACAGAGUGACCUGAACUGGAAUAAUCCUCUUGCCUUUCACAAUGUUUUUCCUUGGUUUCUGAAAGAUUCUUUUGAUUUCAGAAUCUUUUUUUGUAAAAUCCACAUUAAAUCAGAGCAAA